CGUUAACUCGUUGAUUGGCACGUCAGUAUUACAAUGACGUCACGUUGCGGGAAAUUAAUUGACGGAAACAAAUAAUGACAUCACGUCCGUUAUGUAGGAAUCAUAUUGAUACGAAGAAGGAAUACAAAAUAUUCAUAGAGAUGAUGGUUAUAGACACCGAAAAUCGUUCCCAUAACUGCGAGCACACAUAUACAAGUGGCUUGGAAACGGCCGGAAUUCGCGUGAAUGACGUCAUAUUACACGAGAACAUGCGCGAUCACACAACAGGCGCGUCCCACAUGACGGAAAGGGACACACAUAUGGAAACUAAACGCACAAAUGAGGAAAAUAAUUUGCAUAUAAACUCUAGCAAAGCUUUCGAAAGUUACAACGUUUCCGAGAAAAACCAUGAACAUGAAUUGCAGUCGGACUCCGAGAUAGAAUUUGAGGUUGUAUUUUACUCGAUUGAAAACGCAAGCGAGCCGUGCCUUGCUCUUGUUACAUCGCUUCAGGAGUUUCUUAAAACGGCUGAUAAAACUAUGAAAAUUCUGGCCACCAGUGGCCAUUACCUACCUGUGCAUGUCAACGACUGCCAUGGUACUGACGCCAUUAUGCCAUUUCAAAAUGACGCUGAAGUAGGAGCCGGAAGCAAGGGUCAUGUGUCAGACUCAGCCUGCAUCAAGAUGCCUGAGCCAAUACCUCCGCUUCGUCGAGUACAGUUUCGAUCCCCGCGUGCUUAUGUGCCAAGGGGACACAAAAUGGUGCCAGAAAAAGGUCGUUGUAAACAGAGUCAGUCUUCUGAGUCGAUUGUUCACCGCUCUGGACCGGCCGGUUCACCAUCUAACACACUGUCGAAAGGCAAGCGCAACGAUGAUAAAUAUCAUUCGUCUAAUUACACAGAGCAUUCGCGCGGCUAUUCAAGACAAACUGCUACCACUGAGCGUCGGUCAAGCAUGGACACAAACAGACAUACGAAGCACGAUUCUAGCAAUACGGCAAAUACACCUAGGCAGUAUUCCUACUGGAAAAGCGAAAACACAGACAGAUACCCUUCAUGGAAACAGUCUCGAUCGCCACAAAAGCGCUUCAUUAGUUAUCACAGCAUGCCCGAGGUGAAGCAAAUAACCAUCUUGAAAAAGGUCCAUGAAGACACCAACAUUUUACAUGAACCACAAAAAUCUUCCCCGGAAACUAAUACGGAGACAGUUGAAGAAGCAGUCAGUGAACCAAUUUUCUAUCCGGAGUUAACGAACCUGCGCGAAGUAGGUAGCUCUGUUUAUAUCAGCAAGUCUCAAAGCACAGUUCGAGACGGUCCAGCAGACGACACUCGCCGUAGUCGAUCAAGCGUGACGUCCACUGAUGACGUCAGAGAGGAGCAGAGUAAGCACAAACAGAAACAGGCGCGGAAACGAAGAAGGUCUUUGAAGGACAAGAAACCAGCGAAGUCACAAAUGGUGAUCCUGCAGCAGACGAUAAGCUCUGGUCAGUUGCGGUCAAAAGUCAGCCGCUAUAAGACCGAGGGUCUGGUGAACAUUAAACUCAUCGAGAAGAUACACGAGGGAGUCUUCACGGAGAGAUUCAGGGCGAACUACCAGAAUAAGCAAGUAGUUAUGACAAUGAUAGCGAAGAAGGAUGCAUGUCUGAUAGACGACAUGGAAAUGGCGAGACUCGGCAACUGCUAUUUCAUAGUCGGGAUAAUGGACGUCAUGUCAGCCCCGAUGGGUUCGGUCUGGUUCAUGAGCCGCUACCACAGCCUGACCACUCUCGAGAAACUGCUCGGGCUGGACCCGGAUAGGCACGUGCUCGGCGAGGCACAUGCGCAGUUCAUCAUCGCGGGUGUUUUCAUCGGUGUCGACUUCCUGCACACACGUGAUAUCGUGCACGGCAAUAUACGGCCUUCUAAAGUGCUGUUCAAUGACCUGGGAUACCCAGUGUUGGGCGGCUACAUCAAACGGAUCGAGGGCCCGGAUGUGGAUCCUCUGGACGUGCACACGCAGACAUACUCUGCUCCGGAGAGAUUCCGAGGAAGACGGGGUCCCUACGUUGACGUCUUCAGUAUCGGCUGCCUUGCGUACGAAAUCAUCACCGGCAGAUACGCGUUUACGGACUGGACCAACAACAGGUUCAAAAUCGAGCCCGUGUACAGCCCCGAGUUGUUUUCGUUUGCAGGAGAAGCAUUCAUUCGCUCAUGUUUGCGCUUGAAUUCUAAAGACAGAUUCGAGAUAGGUGUCGACAGACAAAACCUGUACUUGGAGGAGUGGUUCAGCACACUGGACUGGAAGGAAUACCGGAAACAGACUCUGAAGUCGCCCAUUCCAGAAGUCUUACAACUGCUUGCGAACAAAGCCACACUGACGUGGUGGGAGAAGACGAUAACCUACCCGUGGGGUCGGGUUAUGGACGUCGUUUGUCCAUGGGCAGCGUCCCUAGACCUCGCAGACGACGCCUCCCAUCUCGCCGCCAUGGACGCCUGUAUCGUAGAGUGCGCCCGGUAGAAGAGCGCGCAAACCGCAAUCAAGCAGUCCGAGCGCACACGGAAAGGCUCGAUUUUCAAAAACAAUCAUGAACUAAUAGGUCCGAUUGUAAUUCAAUAGCAAAUCAAGUAAUUAUAGCGAUUAUAGAUGAUUGCGUUUUUUAUAAUACGUAUUGUUUUAUACUAAUAUACACACACGUGAGACCUUAAAUUGUCAGUAGUUGUCAAUAAUGUAUUACCGGUAAUCGUUUGCAAUUAUACAAAAUCAAUGCUACUGUAUUGGGUAGAAUUACAGGACACACACAAAACUAAUGACAAUUUAAGGUCGCACCCAUUUUGUUACAGAUUUGAUAUGUAUGUUACGACUUAUUUUGGUACUUUUUUCCACAUUUACAAUAUACACUGCACAUUGCAAGAGACGUUUAUUAGUGCAUAUUUUUAUGUUAUCGAAUUCAUAUACAUUAUUUUCUGUAUACUCCCAUUACUUUACUAAGAUUUAUAUAUAAAUAUGUGUGUUUACAGAUAUUUGAGCUAUCUUAUUGUUUAAUAAAUUAAUAAAAAAUA